CCAGGGUGAGGCCAGACGCAGGAGGCUGGGGCUUGGGGACCAGACGUGACUUCCUGGGCAGCACCGGACAGUGGACUCCGACCCAGGACGGUUCGUCUGCCCUCCGUGUUGCUCAGACCUGGCACGGACACCUCCGCCAUGCUGCCGCCCAGGACUGCCCUCCUCUGGACUCUGGUCCUGGCUGCGGGCUUCCUGGGUCUGGGGGCUCGGAGACCCCCCCAGCGCCCGUCCCCCAUCAGCGCCAUCCAGCCCAAGGCUGGCUUUGACGCUCAGCAGUUUGCAGGGACUUGGUUCCUCGUGGCCGUGGCCUCCUCCUGUCGCUUCCUGCAGGAGCAGGGCCACCGUGCCGAGGCCACCGCAGUGAAGGUGGCGCCCCAGGGAGCAGCCAUGGCUGUCAGCACCUUCCAGAAGCUGGAUGGCAUCUGCUGGCAGGUGCGGCAGCUCUACAGACUUCUCCUGCCAACCCAUCGGGGGUUCAGGGACGCAUCCCUGCAGAUAGGCCCAGGUGUGGGACAGGAAGGGGACAAGAGGGGCAGGGGUCAGGGCUGGGCGGGUGGUGGACACACAGACCCUGUCCCCAGAGCGCCCUGCCCCCCCCUACCCGCGGGUGCCCCAGGAGCCCUGUGUCCCACAGCCCGCUCGCUCCCCGUGGACGACUUGGUCGUGAGUAAGUUUGAGCAGAGUGUCCAGGGGGCCAACAUGACGGAGGACCACAUCUUGUACUUCCCCAAAUAUGGUUUCUGUGAGGCCGCUGACCAGGCCCAUGAAAGCGUGGAGGAGGUCAAGAGGUGAGGCCACCCCGCCCUUGGAUGAGAGGCCGAAAGGACCCUCCACUGAGACCUGCACCCACCUACCCUCGGAAGCUGCCCCUCAUCCCCAGGACCCUGGGCACUGCCCCCAUUAAACGCCACCCUUCUUGGCCCGA